AUGGUUUUCGAUUUCUUGGCUAUGGGCGGCUGGCGCCCUGCCCUAGCUGUCCCCUCAUUCUGGAGUCUGCUGAGUGGACUCUUUGCUUUGCUGUGUGUCUACUAUGUUGGCUGGAUCAUCCACACUCUUUGCUUCCACCCUCUGAGUGGCUACCCUGGACCCAAGUUGGCUGCCAUCACUCCUUUGGUUCAUCUCAUCUGGGACAUCCAGGGUAAGCAGCACUCGACCAUGAAGCGUCUUCACGACAAGUAUGGAGAUGUCGUUCGUAUUGCCCCAAAUGCCCUCGUUUACCGUGCCGCAACCGCCUGGAAAGAUAUCUACGGUCACCGGAAGAAGGGACACCAGGUCUUCAUCAAGGAUCCGGCCUUGUAUGCACCAACUCCCAACGGCGUGAAUGCAAUUAUCACAGCCAAUGAACACGACCAUUCCCGCAUGCGCCGUUUGCUGACCCAUGCCUUCUCCAACAAAGCUCUGGGCGAGCAGGAAGAAAUCCUCCAGAUGUAUGCCGGCAUGUUUAUCGACAAGCUCAAGGGUCUCAUGGGUAACGCUUUGUCCCAGGACAUUGAUAUUACCUGCUGGUUCAACUUCACUACCUUCGACCUCAUUGGCGACCUUGCUUUUGGGGAACCCUUCGGCUGCCUGUCAAACAGCAAAUAUCACUGGUGGGUUCGAAUCAUUCUGGAUGCCGUCAAGGCAAGUGCCUAUCUCAAGAUCUUUUGGUUUUACCCAUUUCUCGUCCCCUUGGUGCAGGUCCUUGUUCCCAAGCACCUUCUCCAGAAACGUCAAGCAAGCUUCGACCUGAGCGUCGAAAAGGUCCGUCGUCGUCUCGCCCUGGGUGCUACUCGCCCUGACUUCACUUCAUACAUACUUAAGCACUCCAAAGAUGGAAAGGGCAUGUCGGCUGAGGAGAUGGAUGCGAACUCCGCAGUGUUCGUCCUAGCUGGCAGCGAGACUACCGCUGCCCUACUCUCCGGUGUGACAUACUACCUUCUGCGCUACCGUGACAAGUAUGAGCGUCUGAUUCAGGAGAUUCGUGGUACCUUCGAAAAAGACGCUGAUAUCAAGCUUUCCGCCCUCGUGGAGCUCCCAUACCUCAACUCUGUCCUGACUGAGGCGAUGCGCAUCUACCCGCCUAUUCCUUCGAUGCUUCCGCGAGUUGUUCCCGAGGGAGGAGCAAUGAUCAACGACCGAUAUGUCCCUGGAAAUGUCUCUGUCUCCGUCUCCCUGUUCUCUGCCUUCCAUGCCGCCUCGCACUUCAAGAACCCCGAGGCAUUCGUUCCAGAGCGCUGGCUGAGUGAGUCUAACGAGUACGUCAACGAUAAGAAGGAAGCCUUCCAGCCCUACUCCUACGGCCCGCGCAACUGUCUCGGCCAACACCUUGCCAACGCUGAAAUGCGUCUGCUGCUCGCCAAGCUUUUGUGGAAUUUCGACCUGGAGCUGCUCCCGGAGUCUCUGCACUGGAUUGACCAGAAGUCCUUCUCGCUCUGGAGCCGCCCUGAGUUGAAAGUCAAGCUCUUCCGCGCCGGCGCUAGACCCGCGUUGUAA